ACGCGAUCAUUAGAACCUUUGUAACCUUAGUGACGAUCGGACGGUACGCAAACAGUUCCACACAGUGCGCAAUGAAAGACAAACUAAUAAAGCCUUAAAAGUGUUUGUCGAUCUUCAUCUCACAAAUGAUUAAUACAAGCAAGUGGAUACUUCGGGGAUUGCUUUGUACUUUUGUUCUAGUGACGCGAUCGAACGCAGCAUCAGCAUCGUUUACACGCGAUCGUCGAAAAGUGUGCAACUAUUACGAAUGGAAGUGCAGCAGCGGACAGUGCAUCGAGUCCCACCAGCAGUGUGAUGGGGUGAUCGACUGCAAGGAUGGAUCGGACGAAACGUCCAAAAGCUGUGCCUUUAUACGUUGCCCCAGCUACGCAUUCCGUUGCCAGUACGGUGCUUGUGUGGAUGGGAAUGCACUGUGCAAUGGUGUACGGGAGUGUGCCGACCAUUCCGACGAACAUGCACACUGUCCCGGGAAUAGUGGCAUGAUUUUAGCGUCACACGGCAACUGCUCCAAUACCGAGUUUUCCUGCCACUCGAGCGAAUGUAUACCGGCUGACCAGGUGUGCGAUGGACAGGAGGAUUGUCCGGACGGUACGGAUGAAACGCAGCAGCUUUGCAGCCUUGUGUUCUGUCCAUCGUUUUCAUUCCGCUGCAGUUACGGUGCGUGUAUCGGUGGAUACUCCAAGUGUGACGGUGUGAUCGACUGUCGGGAUGGUUCGGAUGAGGAUGAGUUACUCUGUGGAAAGCCGUUCCCAUCCACGACACCACGCACAAUGACUGUGGUGAUUUCAACAACUACCACUACCUCAACCACAACACCGAGUCCAGUAAUCACCGUUACCGGACCACCGGGAUCUUGUCGGGUGCCUGCAGCACCACGGCACGGACGAAUCGUUUUGGACGAAAGUGCCCAAAACGUCCAAAUAAUGACGGGCGAGUUUAUCGAAAACUAUAACUCCGUGUACAUAGUGUGCGAUGAUAAGUACACAAUGAAGGGAACGGCCACGAUUGUUUGUCUCGAUGGGGAAUGGUUGGAACCAUUUCCGGUUUGUGAAAAGUACUGUUCGGAAAUUCCUAUCAAUGGAAUCACGAUCGAACCGUUCUGUGAGUAUCAGCGACGUCAGAUUUCUUGCAAGCGCCCUCUUCCUCCAACAACGCGUGUACGAAUCGGUUGUCGAGUUGGCUACCAGAAACCACUCGAACCCGUCAACGAAACGCUCAACUGUGUGGACGGUUCGUGGGACAGUGCUGUGUUUCGCUGUGAACCGAUAUGCGGUACACCGACACCGGACGCGGAAGCGUACAUUAUCGGUGGUAGUAAUGUAUCGAUCGCGGAAAUACCCUGGCAUAUAGCGAUCUACAAAAACCUAAACGAUUCCACACUGUCUGAUUUGCGUUCGUCCGAUUGGCAGUACGUGUGUGGGGGAUCUAUCAUUACGGAGCGGCUUGUCGUGACCGCUGCCCACUGCUUUUGGGCCACGGAAGGGUUCUUCGACAAACGCUUCUUCCGGCUGGUGGCAGGAAAGUACAGACGAUCGAUAAGUGCGAUCGAGGCACUACCACCGCAGUUCUUUCAAAUCCACGAGAUACUGCAUCAGCCACAGUAUCAGGACUUUUCCGGUUACUACAACCUGGACAUUGCGAUCGUGGUGUUGACCGAUUUCAUAUCCUUCCGCACCUACAUUCGGCCAAUCUGUCUCGAGCGUAAUCUUCGCACCGAAAGUGAGAAACGCAUCAAACCGAACAGUUUCGGUCGGGUGGCAGGUUGGGGCUUUACUACGUCCACGGGCAAUCUGAGCAGUGUGCUGAAAGUGAUCGAAAUUCCGACGGUGGAUUAUGUGACGUGCCGGGAGUUCUCACCCGUCGCUUACCGGCCAUUCCUGACGGGUGAUAAGUUCUGUGCCGGUGAUCCUCGAACGGGGACGGGCGUAUGUCAGGGCGAUAGUGGAGGUGGAUUCGCACUGGGCAAAGAUGUGGGAGGCGACACUGUGUACUUCUUGUAUGGGUUGGUAAGUUCAGCGCCACGUGCAGCGGACGGUGGAUGCGCAGUCAAUAAGUACGUUGCCUUUACCGAGGUGCAAAACUACAUUCCUAUGAUACUGGACGCGGAGGGUCGGUAUCCCGUGAUAUAGUGGAGAUGCACAACCACCCUAAAGCAUUUCAUUGGAUCGAUCUUUAUUACUGUUCCUCUUGCCAUGCAGCACUUUUACAUUUAGGUUUUAGAUAUAGGUUUGGAAUGCGAGCAAAAAAACGUUUCUCUCUUAUUCUUCAACUUGAUUACUUGAACUUAUUCACCACGGUGGUAUCACCCGCUUGUUUUUUUUUUUGCUGACCAAAUAAGGCCGCAUUCUCUUCCUUUUCCUUCUUCUUCUUCUUAAUCGAAAAAACCGAGCAGCAAAUCACAAAAGCGUCACAAAAUUUGCGUUUAUCAGAAUUAAUAGAACUGGCUCGAAAGAGCUGAUGAGGCUACCAUGUUUCAUUUUCUUUCCUUUGUCUGUCCGCCACGAAAAGGACUUUUAAUUUUAAAUUUGUUUGUUUUUUUUUUGGUUUCUGGAUCAAGCGCACAAUACCUACAUACUUCUAAACAAGCUUUAUAUUUUAUCUUUAAUGGACCACCGCCACCAUUGGAUUGUACCGUGCUGAGACACACGCGCGAUUUGUCUUGAGUUACGCGACAGCAGAAGAAAACUCGGCAACAAAAAAAAACGUGCAAUGAUUGAAACCUAGACAAAAUUAAUAGUUUUCGAUCUAGUACUGUACUGGUACCUCGCAACACGGAAUAUGUAACAUGUCUUCUGUUUUACUUCCUUGGAACCGCCACGUUGCUAAGCGAAUAGUACCACUGUUCUGUGUGUGUGUGUGCUUUGCGUCAAUAAAUACCACAGCAGUUCGGAAUGCGUUUGCUGUGUGUUUGCGUUAUA